UUCUGUUGCAGCUUCAGUGAUCAGAUGAGACCAUGAAGCUGUUUGGACUGUGUUUUUCUGCUGUGUGGAUAUUGUGCUGCUGCUGUCUUGUGUAUGGCAGAGGUCAAGAUGUGUGCAAUGAAAGGAAGCAUGUUACAAGAAUCAAUUUAACCACAGAACUGCAGUCUGAAAUCCUGCUGCCGUGCCUUUUUGAAGAAGCUCUCAUUGGAUCAAACCUGACCAUGAAUUUAGGUGCUGUGUGGACUCAGAUUAAUGAAACCAUUAACUACAUUGUAGAGAUCAAAGUAAAUGGUCCUGAAAGCUUCUGGAAUAACAGACGCCAUAGAAUUAAGGCAUUCAGUGCUGCUGCUGCCUCUGGAAACUUCUCCAUCCUGAUUAGAGAUGUGCAGCUGUCUGAUCUGGGUCUCUACAGCUGUGAACUCUUCAGAGACAUCAACUGUUCUCUGGGCUAUAAAGAGAUAGAAAUCAGUCUGGCUGCUGUUGAGUUUUCACUGCACAAUAACUGGCAGCUCGUAGUUGCAGGAGGAGGAGGAGGAGGAUUUCUGCUUCUCUGUCUGAUCACUGUGUGCGUUUACUAUACAUGGACAAAACGACAAACAGUCGAAGCAUCAGUCAACCACACAUCACACAAUUGCCAUGAUGUGGAAGGGCAAAAUAAUGAUGAAAUAACCUAUGCAUCAGUUGUUCCCAAGUCACGCAACUGCCAUGACAGUGAAGGUAAAUCUUAUUUCUCAGUAUAUACUGUAUAUUAUUAUAUAAACUAA